AUGGCUUCUCUCGUCACAAAUGGAGUCUUUUCAACCUUUUCUCCACAACCAUCUCAGAAACCCCUAAAAUCUCAAAGGAUCAUCUUCAAAACCGAAAUUUCUUGUAAAACACCGAAGUCAAAGUCCCACAAUUCCAGGUUCUUGAAGCUCAGAGCUGAUGCAAAAACAAUCCAAUCAGAGACAGUCGCUGAAGGUAAUUCUUCAAAUUCAUCUUCAGUCGAUGACGACCCACUUCAGAAAUUUCUUAAAAGAGAUUACAAAUGGGGAUUCAGUCAAGAAAUUGAUUCGUUCACGAUCCCUAAAGGGCUUUCCGAAGAAACAAUCAGGCUAAUUUCAUCAAGGAAAAACGAACCUGAUUGGAUGCUUGAGUUUAGAUUGAAUUCUUAUCAUAAAUUCCUUCAAAUGACCGAGCCAAAAUGGUCCGAUAACGAUUACCCCAAAAUCGAUUUCCAAAACCUCUGUUACUAUUCAGAACCCAAAAAGAAACCAACUUUGAAUAGCCUCGAUGAAGCCGACCCAGAACUCCUCAAGUACUUCGACAAAUUGGGUAUCCCUCUAAGCGAAAAGAACCGUCUAGCAAACGUCGCUGUGGAUGCUGUUCUCGACAGCGUUUCAAUCGCCACAACUCAUAGAAAAAUUAGAGAAAUCCGGGUAAUCUUUUGUUCAAUCUCCGAAGCCAUUAAAGACCACCCUGAUAAAGUCAAAAAAUAUCUAGGAAAAGUCGUUUCCUCAGAUGAUAACUUCUACGCUGCUUUGAAUUCAGCUGUAUUUAGUGACGGAUCCUUCGUCUACAUCCCUAAAGACACCAAAUGCCCGAUGCAAAUCUCAACUUAUUUCCGUAUAAACGCCAUGGAAACCGGUCAAUUUGAACGAACUCUUAUCAUAGCAGAUGAUCGAAGCUUUGUUGAGUAUCUAGAAGGUUGCACUGCUCCUUCUUAUGACACGAAUCAGCUCCAUGCAGCUGUUGUUGAACUCCAUUGUAACGAAGAAGCUGAAAUCAAAUACUCCACAGUUCAAAAUGUGGAGACCGGGUCUGCAAUUACAUGGAAAUACCCGAGUGUUGUUUUGGAAGGUACAAAGAUGAUUCAUAAGGGGAAGAAUACAAAAAGUCGGAUUAUUUCAAAGGGGAUUUCAGCUGGAAAUUCAAGGAAUUGUUUAGGGGACUUGUUCAGGUUCAAUCAAGAGCUGAUAAUGCAAGGAAUUCUUCUCAAUGUGAUUCCAUGCUUAUUGGUGAUAAAGCUGCUGCUAACACUUACCCUUACAUUCAGGUUUUCUACAGUGAAGAAUCUGUCCAAUUAUAGCAAUGAAAUUCAAAUACAAAGCAAUUUUGUCCAUUAA